AUGGCGGAUGAUUCACCAACAGGAGGUCUACCAUCCACGGAUGACGGAUCGGCUGCAAGUCAGACGUCAAAAUUAAAGAGGAGCUGUCCGGGGAGUUCAAGUGCUGCAGCUGAUGCUACUGCAGGUACCGGGAUUGCAGGGGCCGGUAAUAAUACGAGAAGGCCGAUAGCUUGGGAUCACUUCAAAACUAUUGUGGUCGAAGGUGUUACCAGGGCUGAAUGGAAACAUUGCCAGAAAACGUAUAAGUGUGAUACUCGAAGGAAUGGCAAGUUUCUUCAUAUGAGAUGCAUUGCUCACAUUAUCAAUUUGGUAGUGGUGGAUGGGAUAAAUGAAAUCAAGCAUUCCACUAAGAAGAUUCAUCAUGCGGUUCGAUUUGUGAAACAAUCUCCGGCUAGAUUGGCGAAAUUUCGGGAGUGUGGUAAUGAUGAAGAGCAUGGAGAAAAGAACGGUUCGGAGAUAUUCAAGAGUGUGAAGGGGAGUGUUCACGAGUUGUUUGAAGCUUAUAAGUUGAUUUAUCAACCUCAUUGUGCCACGUCCACACAAUCGACGAAUCGAGUUUCAAGUUUAAAUGAAUCCUCUCAUCCCGAUCUUUCAAAGAAUAAAUCUAGAUAUCACUUGGGGGAUAAGUUCAAAAGGCACAAGAUAGAGAGUGGAGAAGUAGAAAACAAGUGUGACUUGGAUGUUUACUUGAAAGAGAGUACUCUUGUUGUCGAGAAAGAUGAUUUUGAUAUUUUGAGGUGGUGGGAACUCUACCAAAGUAGAUUUCUCAUCCUCUCUUGUUUUGCACGGGAUGUGUUGACGAUUCCCAUCUCUACCGUGGCCUCGGAGUCCGCUUUUAGCACCGGCGGUCGUGUUCUUGAUGAUUAUAGGAGUUCUUUAACUCCUAAAAUUGUGGAGGCUCUUAUAUGUGCUCAAGAUUGGUUGAAAAAAAAGAAAUUCAAGUGGACCAAGCCCCUUGAAGAAAUCCUAGAAGACAUUGCAAAAAUAGAAGAAGCUUUGCAAGGUGUUGGGAUUAGCGAUGUCAACGACAAUGAGAACACAAUGGACUUGGAGGAAUAG